GCAGACGACGACGAGGACGACCACCAGUGCGGUGUAGCGUGGCCGGGGGAGACCAGGGUAUAUGCGUGGCGUAUUAAUAGCCAAGUAUAGAGCGGUAGUGGGGCCGCGGCCGCUCGCGGGUGAAAAUAGAAAAGAAUGUUUUUGGAAUCCAAUUGGACUUGGUUGGCAGAACGAUGGGGCAAUAUGGCCGACUUGGCCGAGCGGGUGGACGAUCUGAUAUGCAGUUUCGACUCGGCUGGUGAGACAACCAUGGAUACGCUGUCGAUGCUGAUAUUCGGCUGGAUGCUGUUCGGUUUGGUGGUGCUGUGCGUGGGCAAAUACGUGUACAAUCGCUUCGUGCUGAACGAGCUCGCCGCCUCAUCGUCGUCCCAGCUCGGCAAGGACGGCCAUGUCCACCACGGCGAGAGUGUUGUGAUCACGAGUACCGCUGCUGGUACCACCGGAUUUGGGAGACUGUUUGACAAAUCCAAGUCGGUGUCACCGUCUUCGACGUCCUCGUCGUCGCUCACGAAGGCUGCAACCGGUGGUGCAGGUGGUGGUGGUACCACUAAUGCUACUAGUGGCGGUAGUAUCAGUGCCGGUGGUGGUGGUGGUGGUGGUGCCGGUGCGGUGGCAGGUGCGAGAGCACCAUCGCCAGGAGGCUACGUGCCGCCUACGCCGCCAGUUAGGAAACGCCUGACCAGGAAGACCUCCGGUGCGCUCGUCAGCCCGUCCCGAAGCUCCAGAGCGCUGCAUCUGCCAACAGCAACCGGCGCCGACGCUGAGGCCGUGCGCUGGGUCAACGAACUGAUCGUGUGGCUGCAUUACGAUCUCGUGAUUCUUAAUGAACUCUUGGCCGUCUGGGUAGCCUCCCUCAACGACUUCACCGCCGGCUCCACUGAUGAGCACGGAGUCGGUGUCGAAUUUGUCCGUGUUCUUCCAGAGACACAUCCUCCAACCUUGUCGAAUAUCUUCUGCGAGUGCGAUUCGAAGGACGACGUGACUAUCACGUGUGACUGCGAGGCUACACCAGCUCUGCAAUUGAAGGCAUUUCGGCAACGAGGCGAUAAAGUAGAUGUCAAUCAUUAUCGGGUCAACGUCAAUCGGUUUCGCGCACGUCUCAACGUCGUCUGCAUCACCGAGAAGCUACUAGUCGAUCUAAAAUGCGACGGUUGGCCGGAGGUGAAGAUUUCCCUGGCAGCAGUGGGUACAAUAAAGAAAGAUCUGGACGAAAGCCAGUUGCAAGAAGUGGUAACGGAAAUCGUGGUAGGCGCUUUACGAGGCACCAACGUCCACCUCAAUCUUUCUCAAUACCCCACCUGUCCUCGAUUAUGGAGAGAGCCACCUCCUCAGCCAGGCUUCUCGUAUCCCACACACUACGACAAUGUGAACGUCUCAAAUUCCUUGCUACAUCAGUCCCCGCAUCAACGUCUUCAAGGGCAUGCCGCGCCUUCGCCGGCCUCGAUGCAAUAUAUGCCUGGCGAGAGGCGGCUGCUCGUGAAGGUUGUGCGAGCCACGGACCUUGGCGGUCAGCAAGGGUCCGUGGAGCCGUACUGCGUGGUGGAGUUGGAUGAACCACCGCAGAAGAAUCAGACUUCUAUAAAGAAGGACACUAAAAAUCCAAUGUGGGACGAAGCGUUCUUAUUCGACAUAAGCCACAACACGACGGAAGUAUUGUUGGAGGUGUUCGAUCAUGUGAACAAAAGCCAAAGAUUCUUAGGAUUAGGAAUCGUGGGCGUUGAGGAGCUCCUCGCGAAUCCGAGCCAGCGGCAGAUCAUACCUCUUCAGGCGCGGCCCUACGAGGAGGAUGAUAUUACGGGCACUCUUACGGUUGAGUUCCUAUUUAUUGAGGGUGCGGAGGUACCACAAAUCGGGACCAAGCCCUACAAGGUCAAGGAGACGAUAAAGCCAGUCUCGCCGACUCGUUCCUACAGCCAGACCAACAUCAUCAGCAGCAAUAGUCUGAACUACAACAAUGGUAACAGUACACUUAUCUUGUACGACUCUACCGCACAGUCGGAAGGGGACUAUUUGACAAAUGGCAAUGUCGUGGAUUCACCUUACAAAAGUGGGCAAACGAAUGGUAACAAGGGGACCUUGAUUGUGCACAGUCAGCAAAGGCAACCAGAGCGACAGGUCGUGAAGGUCACUCUGGCACAGAAUGGAAACUGGCACGAGAUAUCCCCGGAACACGGAACGAAGGAUAUCACCUCGGGACCAGAAAGCACCCCUAAUUCCUCAAAUUCAGAAGAGAGAGGAAGAGCACGGAGAAAACGACGUGAUUUCUUCGGUACGAUAAAGAAGCGAUUAAGUCGAUCUAAGACGAGAAGUAAAUCAGUGGGCCCUGAAGGCGAAAUCAAUCACGAAGAUGCUCAUUCGAGAUCUAUAUCUGCUGAUCGAGCUCGUGAUCCUGGAUCCGCACAUUUGACAGUACCAGAGCAAUCGAGACGAUCGAGUCUGAGCGAAGCCUCGGGUAUAAGUGGAACAUCCACGAGGACGUACGUCAACGAAGCCUCCACGCUCGUCCUGGAGACUUUGGAGAACGGCAUAAAGAAACACUACCUCGUACCUCUUUCACUCGCACAGAAGAGUAAAUGGAGAAAAAAGGGUACAAAGUUGCACAUAUUCAACGAUCACACGUUUAUCGCCAAACACAUGGCUGGAGGAACGGUUUGCGAAGUAUGUAAAAGGACUCUCGCACGAAGACUUGGCAAGCAGGGCUAUGAGUGCAGAGAUUGUCAGAUGAAAUGCCACAAGCACUGUCACGUGAAAGUCGAUAGGACGUGUGCCACGUCUACUAUUCAGAGUAUCGAACUGUCCCUACUGCCAGUACUGAGCGAAUAAGAUAGAACGUGUAUCAAGGUUCCGCCGCUCGAACGCAAGCCUUCUAUGCUCCUCUGUACGCGAUGAUGUCGUCGUGUAGCGACUUACUUGCGUGCGAAACGUUACUCCUUCAGUAUGAUGUGCGAUUACUUAUUUUGUACUACGAAACAACAGCAAUCGCAACAACAAUCUUCGUUUAUGAAAGUUCCAUGUUGCACAUUUCAGUUCUUCCAAGUUACCGAAACAAGACGUUGAUUGAUUCAAGCUACGCGAUCAUCGACAUUCUGCCCAUACAAUUGUCUCGCGAAGCGAGACGCAAAGUUUGCAUUUACGCAAACAUAAUUUUUUCUAACGAAUUCUAACGAAACGAGGUUUAUUAGAUUAGGAUGCACGCAGUGUUAUUACGAGUUAUUUUCCUCGGCAAAAGAUAAAUGACUUUAAAACGGACUGAUUACAAAUUUAUUCUGCAAAUUUACAAUUUUCUAAUCCGUAAGUAGCGAAUUAAAUCUUGCAGAAUUAAUUUUCAUCUAUUCCACUUAGUCCAUCGAUUAUCGCGUUUUCGAUGUUUUCAGUAAUGGAAACCGAGACCUCAGUCGAUAUUCGGGAAAUAUGUAAGUGCACUUGGCGCGAAGAAUUCCCCGCGGUGAUUAUCGCUUCUCGGUGUCUCCUGUUCUAAUAAUCGUACCUCGCACUUCAUUGUUGAUCGUCAAGUAACAUGAUUAGUUUCAUCCGAAUCGUUUAAUCAAAUUCGGUCACGCUACCUCUUCGAUACGAGAGCCAAGGACGCAGAUACUACGGACAAACACAUUCUGCAAAUAACGAAUGCAUUAAAGUUCCAAUCAAUUCUUUUAAUUUAUCCGUUGUCUGCAGAAUGCACGCGUGUGAGGUGUAUACAGUUUGUCGACGGCUACAGAGAGUGAUUAAUAAAAGUAACGAUUUUAGAAAUAAGUAAUGCUAAUUACGAUAACAAUCUGUUAUGCUAGUAACAAGCACGAGAGCAACAUUAGUUAUAAUCACAGCAAAAAGCAACGAGAAAAAUGCAACGGAUCGUUGCGUCUAACUUUGCCGAACUCGCUUAAAUUUCUAUGUUUAAUUGUAUAUAUAUCUCUCUCACUCCUUCUUCUAUAUUCUAACCGUGUACCUGUAUAGUUUGCCUUAAUACAAAAGUGCGUCUAGUCAUUGAGGGAGACGUGACAAGGCUGCCUUAUUUCUGUUAGCACAUUCAUAAAGUAACAAAGAGCAAGCACUUGAGUCAAGAUUUUUAUCGAAUAUGUAGACAGAGUUGAACGCAAAUAUUCCGAUUAUAUGGAAAUCCAGGUGUUAUGCAAUGAUUUCACAAUUUUUCCAACGAGAAACUCCAUUUACGAUAAUAAUUUCUGGUUUAUAUAUCUUCGUUUAUUUUUUCGUGUGAAAAACGGCAAAACUAUCAAACUAAAUUUCUCUAAAUUUGUGGUGAAUUAAUUGUUACUUAAAGUGCAUUAUUUGUGCACUAUAAACAAUAUUCUCAUUCUUUUUGACUUUGAUCUGUACUUUCUAAAUUAUUAAUGUAAUUAUAAAAUACGAUUAAAGGCAGAUAAAUGAAUUUGAAGAAAUGGUUACAAAUUCUUACUAAUAUAUCCACAAUUACGUCGAUUAGUUCGGUUGAUUACACUUUAUACAAACUAAAAGAAGAAAGUCUUUUCUAAAUAUCAAACAACGCGGAAGAUUCAUCGAAGAUGUAAUAAAUCACUAAAAUAAAUCAUGUGCUUAGAUUUAUACAUCUUGUUAUAUAGCGAAUAUUGUCGGAGUACAAAAUGAAAUCAAAAGUGCACGCAGCAAAUUAACAUAGGAUCUAAACACACUUAAUGACACACUACAUGGCGAUAUACGCACACGUAGAAAUCGCUUUAUAAGGCGAUCCUAAUUUCUUGUGCUAAAGUUUGGUAACAUGAAAAUAACUAUGAAAGUAUCUUCCUUUUUCUUGUUUAGCAUUUUGCAUUCUACAUUCUAACGAAUUUACUUCUAUUCUAAUUCUAUUGGUCACCCUUUAUCGAACCCCGAGUUUCGUAAUCAGCGGACAAAUGGUGCUAGACAAAAAGCGACGCUAUAAAUACAUAUAUUCAGUCAUUGAUUGAACACACAUGCAUCGAGAUCAUGAGAAACGCAGUAAAACACCGAACAGUGUGAGUUCAACCUUUUUGUACAUGUGCAGGCUGUGAAACACAUCGUUAGCGGAUCGAAAGUCAUGGUGCGCGUUUUAUGCGUGGGUCCACAGGCGGAUCUAGCCGUUUGGUUUUUUAGCGGAAAGAAGAAAGAGGAGCAGAAGAAAAGAUUAAAAUUAUACAAAUAAAAUUAAUUCCAUCUUUUCCCGUUCGUUAACACAUUGGAAAUGUAUUCGAGAUUUUAAUCUAAUUACAAUAGUUUAACACACACAUUAUUCGCUGUACGUAAAUUCACUAUUACGUUUGGAAUUGUUCACUAUAAAAAUUAAUUUUUCCAUUUACCUUUCAGGGAUAUCCUGAACACGUUAUGUAUGUUGUAUUUCUGCAUAGAAAUGUUUCUUUCGAGCUUAUCCGCUUAUCUUUCUUCUCGAGAUCUACCUGUGAAUCCAUUAAUAAUGGAUUAAGGAUCCAACAAAUUAGAAACCUAUGCUACUGCUGGUAAAGUAAUAAUUUCUAGAACGCUUAAAUUUCGCUAAACAACGCUAUUGUCAAUUUUUACACGGACGUAUUUUCUAAGAGUACCGCACACAAUACAUACCGCACGUUGCAUAAUCGAAAGUACAAUGAUACGUAUCUGCGAAACAAUUUAUCUUUAGGAUAGUUACGCACGACAAAUGAUUUCUCUUCCUCGUUCGCUCUACAAAGUACGCACAUCUUUCUGUUGUUAUUCUCUGUUUGUUCGCCGAAAGAAAAUUGUAAGUUACAUUAUCGUAAUUAUUGAAAUAUCGAAACAUUUUCCAGGCGUUGACGCCGAAUGGUAUAAAACGACGAUUGUGCCUAUAAUGAACGUUGUUAAUAAUAAUAAUAAUAAUAAUAAUACUAAUAAUAAUAAUGUUAUACACUUGUCACACAUAGAAAAUCUAUUUAUGGACGGUAUUUCCACAAUUGUUCCGCUUCUUAUGCUCGAUCUAACAGCGAUCGUAUUUCUCUGUACGUACACAUAAUAUGAAAUAUAAAGAGACCAUGACAA